AUGGGUUGCUGCGUUAGCAAAUGCAGGCCCGACUGCAAACCCUCCCCAGAACAACUUCAAAACCACUUCAACUUCAACCUCGUUCAAGACAAACUUCCUCCUCCGCUUCCCACCCUUUACUCCUCAACCAAAAUCUCACCCUCCCCUCCUUCUCCGACCUCUUCCACUUCCUCCAUUUCCUCCUUCACAUGCACCACUUCCAACACCAUCUCCUCAGCCUCUUCCCUAUCCACCGCUUCCUCCUCCUUGAGCUCCAAGGACAGAUCCUUCUCCAACGACUUCCUAUGGUCGUGCUACAAGGACAACCCUCACAUCACUCGCAUCAACUCACUCAGGGAUGCCUCUCUCUCCUUGACGCCUCCAACUAAACCUAGACCUCAACAUAGAAAGGUUACAAACAUAAACCCAUCACCACCUCCCAGACCCAACUUGGUAACCCUGAAGCAAUCUCCACCACCACAAUCGUUUUCUAUGCCCCAGAAGAGGGUUCGCUCAAACUCGCCAACGAAUCUGACCAGACAGAAGAGUUUCCGAAAGGACACGGAGAGGUCCAUUACUAUUAACUAUGCUUCCAACCUGCACAGUAGGACGCUAGGGUCACCCUCUCCGAGCAGAAGAUAUAAUGGAGACAAAUGUGGGAGUGGUAAUUUGGCGACGGACAACGUUGUUUCUAGGCGAAUGGUGAACAAUUCGAAAGUUAGUGUUCGUGCACUUCAUUCUCAUCAUUCCGGGGUGCCUUUAACGAGGAAAGAGAGUGUUAAAGCUGCGAGUCCCAGUAACUGUUCACGAAGAGUACUUCAUUCUGCUGGUUUAAAGCACAAUGAGACAUGCACUUUCGGGGUUGGUUCUAAAGUUGAUGAAACCGUGGUUAAGGAUGUGGUGUCUGACCAGGACAUGGACUUAACACUGAUGGAGGAUAUUAACAACCCUCUUAUCUCCUUGGACUGUUUUAUCUUUUUGUAG